GGGUGAAGAUGGCGGCGGUGCUAGAAGUGGAGGUUGGAGGCCCUGGGGAGCGCGAUGUGGAGGAGGUUGACCUCUCCCACUUGUCCCCAGAGGAGCGCUGGAGGGUGGAGCACGCCCGGAUGCAUGCCAAGCACCGAGGCCACGAGGCCAUGCACGCAGAGAUGGUUCUCAUCCUCAUUGCCACCUUGGUGGUGGCUCAGCUGCUCCUGGUGCAGUGGAAACAGAGACAUCCUCGCUCCUACAACAUGGUGACCCUCUUCCAGAUGUGGGUGGUGCCCCUCUACUUCACCAUCAAGCUCAACUGGUGGAGGUUCCUGGUCAUCUGGGUCCUCUUCUCAGCUGUCACAGCUUUUGUCACCUUCAGGGCAACCAGGAAACCUCUGGUACAGACAACCCCCAGGUUGGUCUACAAAUGGUUCCUCCUGAUCUACAAGAUCAGCUAUGCCACAGGCAUCGUGGGCUACAUGGCUGUGAUGUUCACCCUCUUUGGCCUCAACUUGUUGUUCAGGAUCAAGCCAGAAGAUGCAAUGGACUUUGGCAUCUCCCUCCUCUUCUAUGGCCUCUACUACGGGGUGCUGGAGAGGGACUUUGCUGAGAUGUGUGCAGACUAUAUGGCCUCCACCAUUGGGUUCUACAGUGCCUCUGGGAUGCCGACCAAGCACCUCUCGGACAGCGUCUGCGCCGUCUGCGGCCAGCAGAUCCUGGUGGACGUCAACGAGGAGGGCAUCCUGGAGAACACCUACAGGCUCUCCUGCAACCACGUCUUCCAUGAGUUCUGCAUCCGGGGGUGGUGCAUCGUGGGCAAGAAGCAGACCUGUCCCUACUGCAAGGAGAAGGUUGACCUCAAGAGGAUGUUCAGCAAUCCCUGGGAGCGUCCCCACGUCCUCUACGGGCAGCUGCUGGACUGGCUGCGCUACCUGGUGGCCUGGCAGCCUGUGAUCAUCGGCCUGGUGCAGGCCAUCAACUACGGCCUGGGGCUGGAGUAGGACCUGCCCGAGAAGAAGCCGCCCAGAGGACCUCUGUGCCCAAGAGCCCGAAGGGAGGGGGAACAGCGAUCAGCUGCGCAGGAGCAGGAGC